AUGUCCGAAGGCGCGGCCUCAAGAGGCGACGGCGUCAAGCUGGUGAACCGCCUCAAAGAAAGCAGAAGCCCGUAUGUUCGUGGACACAUGGACAAUCCGGUCGCAUGGCAGAUGUGGGGUCCAGAAGCUCUCGAGCUGGCAAAGAAAUCGGACCGGCUCAUCUUCAUAAGCAUUGGAUAUGCCGCCUGCCACUGGUGCCAUGUUAUGGAGCGCGAGUCCUUCGAGAACGGCGAGGUUGCUGCCAUCCUCAACGAGUCCUUCAUACCCAUCAAGAUCGACCGCGAAGAGCGCCCCGACGUCGACCGCAUAUACAUGAACUACGUUCAAGCGUCAACUGGAUCUGGAGGAUGGCCGCUCAACGUGUUCAUAACGCCUGAUCUUGAGCCCAUCUUUGGCGGGACUUACUGGCCAGGCCCUGGCUCGACCAUGGCGGGAAGAGAUCACCUCGGAUUCGUCGGAAUACUAGAAAAGAUUAGGGAUGUGUGGAAGAACCAACGGCAACGAUGUCUCGAUUCCGCGCAGGAUGUCACUGCGCAGCUACGCGAGUUUGCCGAGGAUGGCAGCAUCAGUCGCAAAGAAGAAGCUGACCAGGACCCGCUGGAUCUCGAAUUGCUCGAUGAGGCCUAUGAACACUUUGCCGCAAAGUACGACCCCACGUAUGCCGGAUUCGGAACAGCACCAAAGUUUCCCACUCCGACAAAUCUGAGCUUCUUGUUGAAGCUAUCCCAAUACCCUAAGGCAGUCGCAGACGUCGUCGGAGCAAAAGAAUGCACCAACGCGAAAGACAUGGUACUGGCAACCCUCUCAGCCAUGAACAAGGGGGGCAUACACGACCAGAUAGGCAACGGCUUCGCAAGAUACAGCGUCACACGGGAUUGGAGUCUACCUCACUUUGAGAAGAUGCUGUAUGACCAAUCACAACUACUCCCAGUCUACCUCGAUGCCUACCUCCUGACACGAAACCCCGACCAUCUGGCUGCGGUCCAUGACAUUGCUACAUAUCUUACGAGCCCACCUAUGCAUUCGCAAACAGGCGGCUUCUUCUCCGCCGAAGACGCCGACUCCCUUUAUCGAUCAUCUGAUAAAGAGAAGCGAGAGGGCGCCUUCUACGUAUGGACAUUCAAGGAGUUCCAAGACAUACUAGGCGAUCGAGACGCGGACAUCCUCGCCCGGUAUUACAACGUUAAUGACGAAGGCAACGUCGAUCCAGAGAACGACGCGCACGAUGAACUUAUCAAUCAGAAUGUGCUAGCAGUUAGCAGUUCCCCGGUAGACCUGGCCAAAGAAUUUGCCCUCUCCACUGAAGAAAUCGAGGAGACACUUGCCGAAGGCCGGAAGAAGCUUCUCCAGCACAGGGAAAAGGAAAGGCCGAGACCCGCUCUGGAUGACAAAAUAGUGGUAUCCUGGAACGGCCUUGCUAUCGGCGCGCUUGCCCGCACAGCAGCUUCACUUUCCGCAUCGGAACCCUCGAAAGCAAAGGAGUAUCUUGCUGCGGCAGAGAAGGCAGCCGCUUUCAUCAAGCAAGAACUCUACAAUUCCCAGUCCCACACGCUCUUGCGCGUGUAUCGAGAAGGUCCCGGCGCCGUCCAAGGCUUUGCAGAUGACUAUGCCUAUCUCAUAUCGGGCCUCGUCGACCUCUACGAAGCAACCUUCAACGACGCAUACCUCCAAUGGGCCGACGACCUGCAAAAGACGCAAAUUGACCUCUUCUGGGACAAGCAACACCUGGGCUUCUUCUCCACGCCUGAAGGGCAAAAGGACCUAAUCAUGCGACUCAAAGACGGCAUGGACAACGCCGAGCCGGGCACCAACGGCGUGUCAGCGAGGAAUCUGGAUCGUCUGGGUGCGCUGCUGGAGGAUGAGCAGUAUGUCCAGCGCGCGCGGGAGACGACGAGCGCGUUCGAGGCCGAGAUCAUGCAGCAUCCUUUUCUCUUUCCUGGCAUGAUGGAUGCGGUGGUCGUGUCCAAGUUCGGUAUAAAGCACGCUGUCAUUACGGGCGAGGGUGAGAAAGCCGAGGAGUGGCUGAGAAGGUAUAGGGAGAGGCCUGCAGGGUUGGGUGUGGUGAGCAGGAUAGGGAAGAGUGUGGGUGGGUGGCUGAAGGAGAGGAACGGGUUGGUCAAAAGUAUGAACGCUGAGAAGGAGGGUGUUAUGGUUUGUGAGCAGGGUGCGUGCAGGGAAGAGCUUGGGUGGGGGAUGGAAGGGUUGGGUGAUGCUAUUGAAGAGAUCAGUGGGCGAUGA